CGAGCCUUUUGUGUUUCACUUCUAAUAUCUCACAUAUCAAUAAUUGAGCGCGCGAGCAGACGGAACCCAUGCGCUAUGUAUUCAACUGCGCGCAAGCUCGGUAACGGCCUUGAUCCGCUUUCCAAAGGCUUUUCCACUACGGACUGAGAGGAGACCGUUGGAAGUACUGGUAAAAUAACAGUUCAGAGUCGGUAAGGGGAACUGUUUUUGUCUCGGUUUGAACAGUUUGGAAGGAAUUCAUUUUGCAGUGAGGAGAGGUUUGGAGUGACUUUGCUUUUCCGUGCGCGGCAGGGGAAUUGAACGGAAAACGGUUUGUAUCUUUGUGAGAAGACGGCUUUUAGGCUCAGAGUGAAGUUGGCAUGAUGUUGACGUUGGUGCUAGGCGCAGUGUGGCUAGUGUGCCAUUCAUACGCACAGAAUGAGACAGAACCCAUCGUGCUGGAGGGGAAAUGCUUGGUCGUAUGCGACUCAAAUCCCACCUCAGAUCCCACCGGGACGGCUCUUGGGAUAUCGGUGCGUUCGGGGAGCGCAAAAGUGGCUUUUUCCGUGGUGAGGAACACGAACCAUGAACCGUCUGAGAUGAGCAAUAAAACAAUGGUGAUCUACUUUGAUCAGGUACUUGUGAACGUUGGUAGAAGUUUCGACGAGGAAAGGAGCAAUUUCUUCGCCCCACGUAAAGGGAUAUACAGUUUUAAUUUCCACGUAGUGAAAGUGUAUAACCGUCAAACGAUCCAGGUGAGCCUGAUGCACAAUGGCUGGCCAGUUAUAACUGCCUUUGCUGGGGAUCAAGAUGUCACACGUGAAGCGGCCAGUAACGCUGUCCUGAUUCAAAUGGAGAAAGGUGACCGUGCCUACCUCAAGCUGGAGCGAGGCAACCUCAUGGGUGGUUGGAAGUUCUCUACAUUCUCUGGCUUCCUGGUCUUCCCCCUGUAGAGAGAUGCACACCACGGAGGGACUAUUGCUCUUUAGCUCGUCAGCUUCUGAGAGAUAGGAGGGAUAUUAGGGUGGAUGAGAGAUAAAAUCCUAGUAAGAAUGUAAUGUAAAAAAAAAUAUAUGGAAAGAGAAAAUUAUUGUGGCAGUCUCUCAGUUGCACUCACUUUGUGCUGCUGCUUUACUACAGCACUGGACAGCCAAAACUUUUUGUAUUAUCCUUCUAAUAAAUUAUAAUUGAAAUGAUAUGGAAAGAAAACAUACAGAGGAUAGUAUGC